UCUGCGCCUCCAGCUGCAUUGGCUUCAGCAGUGAAAGCGCGCUGAAAUGAGAAGCUCGACUAAAGCGACAAUCCUCAGCGAGGCAGAAACGGAGUAAGCCGCUCUUGGAGCACAGUGCGGAAUCUGGCGUCGUCGCGUACAGUACACGCAGCACGUGAGUGUGGAGAGCGCUGUGAUUUAGAAGCCAUGCGCGAGACUCGGGGCCAUUACUGACCGGAAACUGGCGCAUGCACCGGACCUGAUCAUCCUGAGGAUCGCCGAUCAAUUCAUUUGGAAGCGGGGCUUGAAGAGCAUGAUCCAGGCUUCAGAAAGGCCGUAGACAAGGGCUCAAUGGUUCUGCUGUGGAUUUUGUAGAGACCUUUUCUCCCUCCAAAUCCCCUUAUUUUUUUUUUAUCCACCCACUGUAGUGGCAUUUUUCCCUACAGGAUCAUGUCUGCAGCACAGACACAGAAUGACAAUGAGCAGCGCUGGAGCUGCCUGGAGUCUCUGGGUCUAAGUCCCAGAGAGCUGGUUCUGGCUGAGGCUUUGCAGAUGGAGUAUGAUGCGCUCUCUCGCCUUAAACAGGACAAGGAUCCCACUGGAAGGGGAGAGUCUGAGCGUGGGAAGACGAUGCCAUCCAGGAAUACACAAUCUAGACGUAUACCCAGCCCACCUGGGACAAACUUGCGCCAAGGGCUAUCAGGGUCUGAUCCGAUUCUCAACAUCAUCCAGCCUGGAGUCUCUAGCCCAUCAAGACUGAAUGUGGAUCCUCAUGGUUACAGCAAGGAGCCCCUCUAUAUCCUGGAAAAUCCUGGGAAGAGUGAUUAUGAGAGGAUGACUGAAGGGCUUUCAAAGGGGUUGCCACCUCCGGAUGAGCCUCCUCCAGCGAUUCCACCAAGGAAUCCAAUACCUCAACCAGACUCGUUUCACCUCUGCAGGGGUUCAGCUCCCAGAGAUGUGAACCUGUUCAGCCCUGAGGUGGACCAACCCAAGCUUCCCUCUGGAGAAACCAUGAACUAUGACAACCUGAACGACUCCCUUAUGAGAAUCAGUGGUGGUAGGCAGUCACCUAGGCAACAAAAAGUUAAUGGCGACCAACCUGGGAAGCCUGUGGCUCGCAGCAAGACGCUACCCCCUCAGGUGCCACCUCGCACCUACUUGCCUGGGCAAAAGGGUGUCAGAAACAACCGCAGGGUGUCAGCUGAUCCGGUGUCCCUUCAUUCCAGGCUCAAUGGUUUUGGCUAUGAGCUCUUCCAGGUCUCUGAGGAGCGUGAUGAGGAGGUGGCUGCCUUCUGUCAUAUGCUCGACGUGUUGCGCUCGGCUUACCCGUGCACAGAUCGAUCCAAGAACGCAGGGUUUGUGUGGAGCCCAUGUGUGGCGCAGGAGGAGCUGCAGCAGGGACUCGGGGUCAGCAUAAAGGUCACCGUCAUUGGUGAGCACAUCCGAGAGCCACUCAUCUUCACCUGUGAUGGUUCAUCCACCAUUGACCUGCUGAUAUACCAGACCUUGUGCUACGCCCAUGACGACCUGGACCUAGUCGAUAUGGACGACUACCUGAUGAAAGUGUGUGGCCAGGCCGAGUAUCUCAACAACUCUCAGACCUUGGCUGGACUUGAAUAUAUCCAGCAGUGUCUGAAAUUUGACUGGGACGUCCAGCUUUUCCUCACCAGGAGAAGCUCUGUUAACAUGGAGUUAGCUCGCAAUGAAGAGGACGAUGAGACGCCAUCCUCCCUGAACCACAGCAUCUUGCUGCAGGAAAGGCCCAUCAAGCAGACUGUGACAAGGGAGGCACUAACUUUGCUUCUGGACACCUUUCAUAAUGAGGCAGAAUCCUUCGUAUUAUCAGAGGUUGACCUGCAGUUGCACGUGGAACGCUUGGUGCAGUCAGUCAAGGCUCUGUGCAGCUCGCUUGCUGCUGUGGAAACACCUGACAUCACCUCAGCCCUGAAUCAGCUUCCUGCUUGCCCAUGCAGACUGCAGCCCAGAGUGCAGAAGGAUGUGAGCGUGCUGGCGAAGAGAGAAAACCGAGAGAAAAUAGUUGAAAAGUUGACGGCUGCCAUCUUGGAUCUGGUGGAGCUCUACUGCAGCACAUUCAACGCCAACUUUCACACGGCCGCACACAGCAGCCGGCACACAGCGCCGAUCCAGGAGGCGGGCAUGGUCACUAACGUAUUGUCCUUCAACAUUUAUGCUGCCCACCGCGUCCCCAUCACCUGGGCCGCCAGUUAUGAAGGGUUCUUUCUGUCGUGUUCUCUCACCCACGGGGGAGACGAACUGUGUGCCCCCCAGCAUACAAGCAAACAGGCAGUCAGCAAAUACCUCUUCCAUCUGGUGGUUUGGGACCAAAGGAUUUGCUUCCCGGUGCAGAUCAACCAGCUGCCACGCGAGUCUCAGCUGACAGUGACUCUGUAUGCGACUCCGCUACCACCCCCUGGAGGAGCAGAGGACAAGAGCAAGCAGAAAGCGCGCAACAUGGAGGCCCUGGGCUGGGUCACAAUGCCGCUCUUCAACUUCCGACACAUUUUGACGUGUGGCAGGAAGCUGUUGGGUCUUUGGCCGUCAACCCCAGGAAGUGGAAACACCCGGUCCAGCACUCCCAACUUCAGCCAACCGGAUAGUGUCAUCCUGCAGGUGGACUUCCCAACGUCCUCGUUCGAGGUGCAUUUUAGCACCCCUCCACCGGCCGAGUUCAGUCCUCAGUACGAGUUCUCCCGACUGGAGCAGGGCAGCCAGAGACAGCUCCAGGACAUCCUGAACAAGAAGUCUCUCUUCUGGUUGACUCCGGAGCACAAGCGGCUGCUGUGGGAAAAGCGUUACUUCUGCCAUGCUGAGAGCAGCCGCUUGCCCCUGAUCCUCGCCAGCGCCCCCAGCUGGGAGUGGGCAUGUCUGCCCGACAUCUACGCCCUCCUGCGCCAGUGGGCAUGUACCAACCACCUGGAUGCACUGGGCCUCCUGCACGCCACGUUUCCAGAUCAGGAGUGCAGGCGCACAGCUGUCCAGUGGAUGGACACCAUCUCUGACCCUGAGCUCCUGGACUUUCUCCCACAGCUGGUGCAGGCGCUGAAGUAUGAGUGUUACCUUGACAGUCCUCUGGUGCGCUUCCUGUUGCGCAGGGCCAUUGGAGACGUGCGUGUCGCUCACUGCCUUUUCUGGUUGCUGAAGGACACUCUGCAGGACUCACAGUUCAGCGUACGCUAUCAGCACCUGCUGGCCGCGUUGCUCUGCUGCUCAGGCCGAGGCCUCCGUGAAGAGUUUGACCGCCAGUGCUGGCUCAUCAGCAUCCUGGCUAAAGUUGCACAGCGUGUCCGAGACGCCUCGCCAUCAUCGAGACAGGCUCUUCUCAGAGAGGGACUUGAUGAGGUCAAGCAGUUCUUCUCCAUAAACAGCAGCUGCCGCCUUCCCCUUAACCCUGGCCUGCUAGUCAAGGGCAUUAACAUACAGUCCUGUUCCUAUUUCAACUCCAACGCCGUGCCACUCAAGCUCUCGUUCCAGAACAUGGACCCGCUGGGAGACAACAUCAACGUCAUCUUUAAGUCAGGAGAUGACCUGCGGCAGGACAUGCUCACCCUGCAGAUCAUCCGCGUCAUGAACAAAAUCUGGAUCCAGGAGGGCUUGGAUAUGAGGAUGGUCAUCUUCCGCUGCUUUUCCACCGGCCGGAGUCGAGGCAUGGUGGAGAUGAUCCCGAAUGCUGAGACCUUGAGGAAGAUCCAAGUAGAGCAUGGGGUCACCGGGUCCUUCAAGGACCGCCCGCUGGCUGACUGGCUGCAGAAACACAACCCCACUGAGGACGAGUAUGAGAAAGCGGUAGAGAACUUUAUCUACUCCUGUGCGGGCUGCUGUGUGGCCACCUACAUCCUGGGCAUCUGCGACCGCCACAACGACAACAUCAUGCUGAAGAGCAGUGGCCACAUGUUCCACAUUGACUUCGGCAAAUUCCUGGGCCACGCGCAGAUGUUCGGCAACAUCAAACGGGACCGGGCUCCUUUCGUUUUUACGUCUGACAUGGCUUACGUGAUAAACGGAGGUGACAAGCCUUCCAGUCGCUUUCAUGACUUUGUGGACUUGUGUUGUGAGGCGUACAACCUCAUCAGGAAACACGCACAUCUGUUCCUCAACCUGCUGGGCUUGAUGUUAUCCUGUGGCAUUCCUGAGCUGUCAGAUCAAGAGGAUUUAAAGUAUGUUUAUGAUGCCCUGAGACCACACGAGUCAGAGACGGAUGCCACCAUGUACUUCACCAGGUUGAUAGAGUCCAGUCUGGGCAGCGUGGCGACGAAACUCAACUUCUUCAUCCACAACCUUGCCCAGAUGAAGUUCGCCUCGUCCGAGGAGCGACCCGUUUUGUCGUUCGCACCGCGAGUCUACACGCUGAAAAGCGACGGCCUCAUUCGCAGCCUGUUCGUGUGCCGCCACAUUAAAACCUACAGCCCCAGCAAGGGUUAUACAUACGUGGUGAAAGUGGAGCGUGAGGGCCAGCAGGGGGCGACGUUGGUUCAGAGGAGUUUUGAGGAGUUCCAUGAGUUACACAGCAAACUGCGCCUCAUCUUCCCUUCUUCUAAACUACCCAGCUUCCCCAGCCGUUUUGUGAUUGGCCGCUCUCGCGGAGAAGCCAUGGCUGACCGGAGGAAAGACGAGCUGAACGCAUAUGUGUGGCAUCUGAUCCACUCAGCCGCCGAGGUUGCUCAGUGUGACCUGGUCUACACCUUCUUCCACCCUUUACCAAGAGAUGAGAGGCCAGGAGGAACUGCUGUAAACACCCUGGGUAACAAACCAACAGAGAGUUCUUGGACUCCUGUGCCUGGUACAGUGGCUGGUGAAGUGAAAUUGUCCAUUUCCUACAAGAGCGACAAGCUUUUCAUUAUGGUGAUGCACAUCCGAGGCCUGCAACCCUUGCAGGACGGCACUGAUCCUGAUCCAUACGUCAAACUGUACCUGCUCCCUGAUCCCCAGAAAACAAGCAAGAGGAAGACGAAGGCAGCUCGCCGCACCUGCAACCCCACGUAUAAUGAAAUGCUGGUGUAUGAUGGGAUACCACGUGGGGACCUGAGCCAGAGGUCAAUCCAUCUUCGAGUGCUAGGCGACGGGGCAUUCUGGGAAAACACACUGCUGGGCGAGGCCAUCAUUCCCUUAAAGAAUCUAACACCUGGACAGCAUUGGGUGGACUGGCACCAGCUGAGCACAGGCAGCGCCGAUGCCAGCCGCUAACACAGCCACACAGUUGCAAAGACAGACACUAGGUGAUGAACUGAUUGCUCCUUUCGGAUCAGCAGGUGUAAUUUGGUGCGUCUCUGUAAAGGGAACCGACUCAGAAGAUGAGGUCUGUUGAGGAGCAUGUAGGUGUGUCUUGUCUUUGCAUUGGGGUCUGUGAGUUGCUGCGUAGAAGGAUGUAUUUUCCCCACAGUGGGGGUGUUUGUUGCUGAUUCUCCUGCCCUGGAGACUUGUAGACUCUGUGAUGGAGAGCCAUCACAACACGUUCUAGUUCUGUUGGGGUUUUUUUGCCCUCUACAUGGACUGUGAGAAAAGAACAUGGCUGAAAUAGCUGUGGUAAGAUAAGAACCACUGACUCUCUUGGAUGCCGAAUGUGUUUCAAAAGGAUCUGAAAACUUUGUCCAUUGUACAGCCUCACAAUUUCCUGUUAAGAGAGAGGAAGUGAAAUGUUAACUUAUUUCUUUUAAGAUGUUCUUUUAUUUUGGCUCGAUUUGGAGCUAGCUUUUGUUGUGACAUUUAUGUCUCUGUGAUUUAGAUUAUUACAGAUUUUACCUAGUAAGUAAAAAGGGAGUUAUGGAAUGUUCAUCUAAAACGAUUAGAUUGGUGGCAGGGAUCUAUAAUAUCUUGAAAAACUAAAACAUUUGAGAUUCUGUGGCAUUGCGAACUUGCGUGUAGUCAUGCAAGGUCUAACUCAGUCCAAUUGUCCUACAAGCUCUGUAGUAUGAAUGACAAAAGUAGCUUGAUAACAGACUUUUGUUUAUUAUUCACUUCUUUUUUUUUCUUUUCUUUUAAACAAGCACCAGGCUUUGAAUAGCUCCAGGAUGCAGUGAUUUUCAGAAAAUAACCCUGAGCUUUUUCUUAAAAAUCUGCACGUGGUGGGACUUGUGUAGGUUGGAGCCCAAAUUUGGCAGAAACAUUACACUUUACAUUAUAGCACUAGUGGUGACUUUAACAUGCCUUCUCAUAUAUAAGCAAGAAAAUGAUUUAAAAUGAAAUAAAAUUAUUAUUUUUUUCUUACCAACACUAUUAAUGAACCUAAGGGGGAUUUGAUACAUGGUAUGGCUGGGCGAUAUGGACAAAAUUCCAGGUAAAAGUAAUCUGAUUACAGUGCAAUGAAUUUCCACCAAUGUACAGUAAUAUAUACAUGCUAUAUAAAACAUGCUGGGUUUCCAGGUGAAUUCUAGCUUUGUUUUUAUUCAUCGUGUAUCUAUAAACCAAUUAAACCGUUUAGCUUUCAAUAGGCACUACAUUGUUUUAAUCACAUUGGCACUUUAUAGACCACGAAUGUGUGCUUUCCACAUUGUGACCGUGAUAUACUUCCAAUACAUCGCCUAGCCCAAUAGCACACAACCCAAUAAAGACCGUAUUUACAGGUGCUCUUAACAGCUUGCCGUGAAAUGAAACGUGAAGGUUGAAACGUGACGAUAGGAGCCUAAGCAGGCAGUUUAAGUUUCGCUUUGGACGCAGUAUCUCAGCCUAGCACCAGUCUCUCCAGUGAGAACGUGUAGCUGAAUGAUUCAUGUGCAUGCUGUGAAAUUUGCUACUGGAUAAAUGUUGCACUUUUGGCCUUAUUUGCUAUGAAGUAUUUUGUGCUUACGUUUCUGGGAUCAGUCAGUUUCUUUAAAUUGAAUAUUUAAUUUAUUUGAAGAAAGGGAAGCAAAGAUGAACCUUAACACAUAAGUACUGUUAAUAUUCCUGUUAAUGUUCAUUCCUUAUUCUGUUGAAAUUGUUUGCAAAAUUCAACUGUUGGGAACUAAAUCUAACUUUUAAGCUUUAAUCUGUGUGUUUUUUUUUUCCUUUCCAGAAAUAGAUGCAUGUAAAUGAUUUGCCGAACCUGUGGCAAAGGCUGUUUUCUUUUUUUUUCUCUCUCUUGUAAACAUUUACACAUACUUUCCCUUUCUGUUUCUUUGCAACACAAACUUGUUGAUCUGUCCACAAUAGUUAACUCACUGUCCUAAACGAAACUAAAGGGUUUGAUGGGAAAGUUUGUUUAAUGAAGGAAACUAAGCUGCUUGAAAUUCACCUAUGUUUUCGAUGUUAUUUGAACAAUAUGUAUGUAAAUAACCAGUGUGUUUAGUUACAGGUGUGUAUAACAUGGUUUCUGACAUGGUAAUCACCUAAAAUGAACCACAUUGUAGCCUGGGGAAAGGUGAUCUGGUUUAAACACCAAACUAGGUCCAGGCCUGAGAUGCCAGUUGUCUUGCUCAUGCUGUUGCCUGAGAUUAUACUAUCCUAGUGUGUCUUAUUUAAUGUUGAAGUUAGUCCACUUAUUUUUGAGGUAGCAAACUGUACUGAGUGUUAGUUUUAUUACUGGUGAGUUGCUCUUCGUGUGCCCUUGUAAGGCUCAGAUUUGCUAGGGUUAUGAGGAAAAUUUGCAAAGGACUCCAACAAAUCCAAAUUAGUUCACUUUGAAUGACCACAGGCCGUUGGUGCAAGAGAAAAUAGGAAAGAAUGUGCAUUCAAAAUAAACAGGCUUAGUGUGUUGUACUUAUUAAGAAUAUAAUUUGUCUGUGCUUUAUGGUUUUGUCACACUGUUUUGAUUUCCUGACAUAGCUAUGUUCCUUUUAGACCAUGAUUUUUUUUUUUUAAUAAAUAUUAUUUGCACUAAAUAAUAAAAUGAACUUGAAUUCAAAAUGGAAAAGAGACUGGUCAUGUCUAUGAGGAUGUGAAUCUGUGUAGUGUUGGCUAAUUUGCUCUGCUCAUUAAUGCUAGCACAUUGCGUAUUUGUUAACCUCUGAAAGGGCAGUUCUGUAAAUUAGCAACUGCUGAAAGUCUAAGAAGAUCAGGUUUCAUUCACACAAAUGGAAUGCACUCAUUUAGCCCGUCUAAUGCUGAAUAUACACUCAGUGGCCACACCAGUACACCUGCGCAUCCAUGCCAUUUUCCAAUCAGCCGAUCAUGUGGCAGCAGUGCUAAGCAUAAAAUCAUACAGGUACAGGUCGAGCGCUCCAGUUAAUGUUCACAUCAAACACCAGAUUGGGGGAAAAGGUGAGAUCUCAGUGAUUCAAUCAUGGCAUGGUUGUUGGUGCUAGAAGGACUGGUUUGAGAAUUUCAGAAACUGCUGAUCUCCUGGGAUUUUCACGCACUGUAGAGUUUACACAGAAUGGUGCGAAAAACAAAAAACAUCCAAUGAGCAGCAGUUCUAUGGGUGGAAAUGCCUCAUUGUAGAGAGAGGUUGCAGGAGAAUGGCCUGACUGGUUCGAGCUGACAGGAAGGCUACGGUAACUCAAACAUCUACUCCUUACACCCACGGUGAGCUCUCAAACCACCCCGCUGUUAGUCCCUGAGCUCACAUUUUUGCCAUUCUGAUGUUUGAUGUGAACAUUAAGUGAAGCUCUUGACCUGUAUCUGCGUGACUUCGUGCAUUGCGCUGCUGCCACAUGAUUGGCUGAUUUGAUAAUUGCAUGAAUGAGCAGUUUUUAUAGGUGUUCCUAAUAAAGUUGACAUUGAGUACAUGCCUUUAUUAAUUACUGAAAGAUUUGUGAACAGUCUUUCACCCCUUGAUUGUGGCUCACAUCCAGCUUUGUUAACAUCCCACAGUGUUUGGAAUUACAUCAAGCGUGUGUGUUUUCACUUGUCUGGCUCUUUGUGUAAGCAGUGUUUGUCACUGCAUUGAUUAUAGUCAUUAAUGUUAAUACUGCCCUGGGAGGAGUAAUGAUGAAUGACAAAGCUGGUAAUUAUCCAAACAAAAGGCUCCUUCCUACAAGAUUUACUGUUCAAGAUGUUAGGAUUUAAGGAAAUCUGAAAUAGUUAUUGCUUUAAUUAUAAACGUAUUUUAAGGAUACGUAAUGACAGCAUUAACAAAAACUGUACUGUAGCCUGUUUUAGGCAGAAUAUGCAACAAGAUUUUUUAAAUUCUACAAAGAGGAAAACAUCCAAUUUAUAUAUUCAUCGGAUCUGAAUUUCUUGAGGUUACAAGUGAAUUUUAGCAUACUGUAAACUUUUCAUAUCGUUUCAGCCCUGUUUCAUACUGUAUAUUGCAUAAAGAUAUAAAGGUUACAUUUAAGAAUGGGUAAAGAAAAAUGUUAAGGGAGCUGAAUAGUUCAUAUUGCACUCUGAUCUUACAUUUUUAAUUAAAGAGCUACUGUGCUGAAGAGGACAUGACACUUCUCCUCCAUCUGAGAACACGCUCACUGGGUUUUUAUGUAUUUAUCAAUUAUGAAAGGAGUCUCCAGUGUCAGCACUUUGUAACAGUAAGUUUUCCGACACAUCUUCAGGACAGAGAACUUUCUUCAGAGGACUUCUCUGAUACAUGACAAGCUGUGUUUUUUUGUCUUAUUAACUUAGGGGGGGGUAAAAAAAGAGAGGCUGGUUAGGGAAUGAAGGAUGACACAAACCAUUUAGCCCCAUUGUACUAUUGUACCCAUUCAGCCAUUAGUGAGGUUGUAACUGAUGUUGGGAGAGGACACCCGAUGCGCAGACAGCCUUUCAGUUCAUCUCAAAAGCGUUCAGGGGGGUUGAGGUCAGGGCUCUGUGCAGACCACCCCAGUUCUUCCACUCCAACCUUGGCAAACCAUGUCUUCAUGUGCACAGGGGUGUUGUCAUGCUGGAACAGGUUUGGGCCUCUUAGUUCCAGUGAAGGGAAAUUGUAACGCUAAAGCACACAAAGACAUUCUCGAUAACUGUGUGCUUCCAACUUUGUGGCAACAGUUUGGGGAAGAACCACAUAUGAUUGUGAUGGUCAGGUAUCCAUAAACCUUUGGCCAUAAUGUGUGUGAUGUUUUGGACAUUAUUAAAAUAAAAACUGUAAUCAUUUAUGUAGCAAUACUUACACUUCAAAUACGUUUAAAAAUGUGCUGUUACUGGAAAAUAAUCGGCUUCGGGUGCUAAUAGCCAAAAGCACAUCACUCCACUGUUGAUUAUUUUCCUGUAACGACAUGUCCCAUUGUGUUUUAUUCCUAACUUAUAUCACAGUGCUGUUGAAUCAUCUGUGGAAUUGUUCAUUUCUGACAGUAGGUUCAGGACGAGUUUUUAUUGCUAAAACAUGCACUUUAAAUACACUACAUGGCCAAAAGUUUGUGGACACCUGACCAUCACACCCAUAUGUGGUUCUUCCCCAAACUGUUUCAACAAAGUUGGAAGCACACAGUUGUCUAGAAUGUCUUUGUAUUCUGUAGCAUUACAAAUUCCCUUCACUGGAACUAAGGGACCCAAACAUGUUCCAGCAUGACAGUGCCCCUGUGCGCAAAGCAAGGUCCAUGAAGACAUGGCUUACCAAGUAUGGAGUGGGAGAACUUGAGUGGCCUGCACAGAGCCCUGACCUCAACCCCACUGAACACCUUUGGAAUGAAUUGGAAUGCUGGCUGCUCCCCAGGCCUCUUCACCUGCCUGACCUCACUAAUGCUCUUGUGGCUGAAUGAGCACAAAUCCCCACAGCCAUGCUCCAAAAUUUGGUAAAAAAAAAAAACUUCCCAGAAGAGUGGAUUUUAUUAUAAAAAACAACGGAGGACAAAAUCUGGAAUGGAAUGUUCAAAAAGCACUUAUUUGUGUGGUGAUCUGAUGUCCACAAACUUUUGGCCAUAGUGUAUUAGAAUUAACUCGCCCAUUUUUAAACUGAGCUGAAGAUUAUUUCUGAGAACAGCCACAGGAAAGCAAGUAUUUUCCCGACAAAUUUCAAAAAGUAAUUGCACUUGCAGUUGUGUUUUCUAUUUGUGGACGCAUAAACUGACAUAAUUCAAAUGAAAAUGCAAAUCACGUAUUACUGUUUGCAUUUUCGUUUGCACAAACAUGUAAUGUCUGCCAAAUUCUAAAUGAAAAAGCAAAGUCCAUUUGCAAUUGCAUUUCCCAUAUCUUACAAGUUAUGACCCUGUCAUAUCGAAAUAGCAAUAGCAAUUACCCUGUUUGGAGCCUGCCAAAAUUCUAAUGGAAUUACAGUUCCCUUUGCAUGUGCAUUUCCGAUGGCUUGCACACAAAUCUGCCAAUCAGUGUUGGGGUGGGACUUUACUAUGGGGCGUGUUUGUAUUUGGAAGCCACGUCAGUCACAGUCGACGGCCAAGAAGGAAAAUGUUCAAAUGUUUGAUCUGGAAUAAUAAAGAUAUAAAAUAUUAAAAUAAAAUCUUAAAUAUUGGUUUAGAAAUAAUAUUUUAUAUACAUUACAUACAUACAUUACAUACAUUAUAUACAUAACUUUCAUAUACAGAAUUUUUAGAUAGAUACAAACUUCCAGUAUCUGCUAAGGAAUAUACAAUCUUUGAUGCAGUCUUGAAUCUUUGUCUUUGACGCAGUUUUCAAUUACUUUUGAAACUUGUCUGGAAAAUACUUCCAUAAUAGCACAUGCCUUGUGAUAUACACGAGCUUGUAUGUUGCGUAACAGCUACUGGCUACGUGCGACUGUAUUUCUAUGACGAUCCCUAACUUCGCCUUCAUUAGCACGGAGUUUAUUGACGGUCCCUUAGCCUUUCUGAUGAAAUCUCCCCUUGUUUGCUUUGGGCUUUUCUCUGCUGGCUUUCGGGAAGGGAAGGAAAAGGAGGAACACGAGGAGAAACCACUACUCAAUCUACUGACGAAUAACAACUGUCUCAGAGCGCUUGAAAGUAUUUUUCUGCUGAUUUAAUUCCCUCUGUGUGAGACAUUUCAUCGAGUUUAACAGAAACGCGUGUUAAUUCGCUAACGCGCUAGCUCUUAUCGGAAGAGGAGGAGGACCCACAGCAGCCACGGACCUCGCUUCAGUAUCGACUUCCAAACCAAAAUGGCUUGUAUAUCGACGUCCGAGUUGGGAUGUGUGGAAUAUGUCAGCUCUGUCUUCUUCAGCCUGCCUUCGCCCUGUCUCCUCUCUCCUGCUGUCUGUAAGUGUGUGAGCCUGAUGAAUCCUCAGUGCAGAGCUGCUGUGAGUGUGAACAUGGCGAGAGCCGGGGACAACAUGAGCGCCGACUGCCUUCACUGCUGGCUCACACCGGGAGCUAACCGGCAACAUGCCCUUGCCGUUUAAACACCAUGGACACCUUGGGGAUUUGACAAUAUUGAAUCCGGACAGUAUUCUGAACUGCGACACUUUGUUGUUGACUGUUAGUUUCUUAGUAGCUAAUAUUUAGCAGCAUAUGAAAGUGACAGGUUUCUCACGCGCGCGCUUGCUAGCUAACGCUAAUGUUAUCCAGCUGGCGCUCUGACUUCCUCCGACUGCAGGUAUUUCAGGCAACUUAACUAGUUAACGUUUAAAGUCUUCAUUUACACUUUUUUUUCUUUCAGUUAACAGUUAGGUAUUAAACUAGGCUUGUCAAAAUAGAGAGA